AUGAAGCUCUCUCCUCUUGAUCAGGCUGGUUAUCAAACGGACGACCAAAGAAGGCCUUCAGAUAGGCAAAAUCGUAAUCCUGAACAUCGAGAAUGGAAGAGACGCUUAUUGAGUACAGUCGACAGAUUAAAAGAUGCAUUCUGUCGUCAGCAUGCGUUAGACCUCAUUUUCACGGAGGAAGGAGAAAGUCAUUUGUCUGCUGAGGUGUAUAUAAGCAUGGAUGGAAAUGCCGACGAUAUCGAGUGGUUCCCGUCUCUGAUAUUCCAGGAGCUUUUAACGCUCCGCAUAAGCGCCUCUUUGGCUUCUUCUCCGCCCUCGACGAUCCUUGACCAUGUACUUGAUGAUGACUGUCGAUCUCCGCAAGCUCAGGCGGCUUCUCCUCUGCUUCCUCUGGAUUCGGACGUUGUUAAAUCGAGCUUGAGAUUGAUCUGCUGCGAGGAAAUCGACGGCCGGAGAUGGAAGUACGUUGCCGAGAGAGAUGGUUCUGGGAGAUUCAAGAGGAAUUCGGUUCGUGCUAUAAGCUUGGAAUCUCCUCAGACUCCUAUCGAUGAAGUAAUGUCGUUUGUGCGGUCUUAUGUGGUACCUGAAGGAUUUCCUGAUACUGUUAGUUCGUCCUAUGUGCCGUACAUGACAUGGAGAGCUUUGAAGCACUUUUUCGGUGGAGCCAUGGGUGUUUUUACUACUCAAACCCUUUUGAGUUCAGUUGGAGUCUCUAGAAACAAUUCUGCUCCCGCUGCUGUCGCGAUCAAUUGGAUUCUCAAGGAUGGUGCUGGGCGUGUUGGGAAAAUGUUGUUUGCCCGACAAGGAAAGAAAUUUGAUUAUGAUUUGAAGCAGUUACGGUUUGCUGGUGAUCUUUUAAUGGAGUUGGGUGCUGGGGUUGAGUUGGCUACUGCUGCUGUGCCACACCUUUUCCUUCCUCUGGCUUGUGCUGCUAAUGUGGCCAAGAAUGUUGCUGCUGUAACAUCAACAUCAACUCGUACACCCAUCUAUAAAGCCUUUGCUAAAGGAGAAAACAUAGGGGAUGUCACUGCUAAAGGAGAGUGCGUUGGUAAUGUUGCGGAUCUGUUGGGAACUGGGCUAAGCAUCAUGAUGUCCAAACGAAAUCCUUCGUUGGUCGCUACGUUUGCUCUUCUUUCAUGUGGAUACGUCUUCAGCUCAUACCAAGAGGUUAGAUCUGUAGUAUUACACACUCUAAACCGUGCCAGAUUCACAGUGGCAGUUGAGUCUUUUCUCAAGACAGGGCAUGUUCCCUCACUUCAGGAGGGUAAUAAGCAGGAGAGAAUAUUCACUUUCCCAUGGGUGGAGGAUCGGCCAGUGGUACUUGGAUCCAGAUUUAAGGAUGCGUUCCAAGACCCGAGUACAUAUCUUGCGGUCAAGCCCUUUUUCGACAAAGAAAGAUACUUAGUGACCUACAGCCCUUCCAAAGGUAAAGUGUUUGCAUUGCUCAAGAAUCAGGCGAAGUCAGAUGAUAUUCUGAAAGCAGCAUUUCAUGCCCAUGUUCUUCUUCAUUCUAUGAACCAAUCAUGUGAUGGAACAUCAAAAUUCCGGAAGCAAUCAGAUCCUGCUCCUGCAAUAACUGAGCUUGAAUCGCACAUAGCCGAGUCAUGUGAAAUGGUUUCAACAUCAUACGACAUCUUUAAGAGGAGGGCUGCAGAACAGGGUUGGACGAUGUCGGAAUCUCUGCUCAACCCAGGUCGACCUCGGAUAUGCCACAUGGACGAGGAGAAUGAAUAAACUAUCUUCUGAGUGAAUGCAUCAAUCCAACUACCACGAGCCUCGUGGAAAGGGUCAGUUUUCCAACUCUUGAUACGAGAACGACCCAUACUGCCUCUUAAUUUCCGUUUUAUUCAUCUGAAGAGGAAAAAAAUACAGUUUUUGAUCACUCUUUAAACUUGUUGUAUUAUAGUUAUAGGAUCUCACCAAACCUGAACUAUAGAAUUAUAUGUCUCUGCUCACUCAUCUCUGUAAAUUGGGACUUUCCCCAGUUUUUGUUGUGGACUUUGAGGGAGGAAGUUUGAAAUCAUUUGAUUAUUUGA